AUGUGGCGGAUAAGGCACCCGCACAAUUUCGUCUGCAUCGUUCUGCGAAUACGUUGCCACCCCCGGAAGUUACCCAAGCGUUGUCACGAAACGGGGAAAGCUGACGUCACAGCGCGUCGCGUCCCCGAGGAGCGAAUACGAAUGGGACGCGUGUGCGACUACUGCUCGACAGCGAAGGCUGUCAUCUUCUGCCGGGCGGACUCCGCCCGGCUGUGCCUCGCAUGCGACAAGCAGGUGCGCCAACUCCCGGCACCCAUUACGGCAAAACCAGGUUUAACCACGGGACGGUCGGAAUGGGGGAAAUCCCCGUCGACGCGCCGAACCGGGGCGCGCGUUCCCGUUCGACGCGACGUUGUGAACGCCCGCUCGAUGCCACUCGAUCCAUCCUUACCGACGGGGCCAUUCGCAAACCGACGCCUCCCCUUCGAAGUUUUUCUCACCCGCUCUCGGCAUCCGCCCUCCUCCCAGGUGCACACGGCGAAUCAGGUGGCGCGGAGACACGUCCGCUCAUGGUUAUGUGAUACUUGUCAGAAUGGCUCAGCAAAGGUUUUCUGCGGACAGGACCGCGUGGUUCUUUGCGAGCCGUGCGACGAGUUGACCCGGUCUGUGAAUGGGAGGCUCGAGGGCAAGAGCGUGCCGCCGAGGGCUCCGCUGAAGAGCUUCAGCCUGCAGGACGAACCGGUGGACGAGCACGGCGCGACAUAUAACGGAUCUCACGCGACGAUGCUGUCGCGACAUCCGUUCAAGGAGGGGCUCGCGUUGUUUCCCGCCUCGGGGGGCAGCGGGAGCAAGCUCUCGGGGCUGACGGGUGGGCCGCACCGAAUGGGGAGCGGCUCGCCCGUUCUGCAGCCCGGUGGCAACGCGCAGAGUGGAGGCGGGAUGCAGGGAUUAUCAAGGCAACACAGUGGGCAGAGAGUGGUCGGGGGUAUGGCUCCUUACACCAUCGGGGGCGAGGGACUCGCGGGUGCACACAACGGCGGCUACGGAACAGCCGGAGUUGGAGGCGCGCCCUCGUGGGACCCGUUUCAGAUGGUUGGAGGGAUCACCCCCCAGCAGCACCAGUACCAGCUCCAGCAGCACCGGCACCAGUCGCAGCAGCGCGGCUUACUGACCCCGUUUCACCACCAGAUGGGAGGUGUGGCUCCUCCGCCGAUGCCAUCGCUCGUGUCUCAGGGUGGCUACUUCAUGGACGAGAACGGCAUCUCCAGGGGCAGCAGCGGCGAGCGCACGAGCGCGUACGCUUGGUUGCCGGGCCCACACCUCGAUGGACUCAUGAGAAACCCAUCUCACUCCUCGAACGGCUCGGAUCCGAUCGGCAUGUACAUGAACUUUGAUUCACCCGAGGUUCGGCUCGCCGCAAACGGGAGCAACUCUCGGGGUUCCGGUGGGAGCGACGGCCUGAACCAGGGCGGCAGCAACACUCCGCCCGAUAUCACGGGGGACCCGCGCAUAUCUGACGCUUCACACCAGGAGGCGACGUCCACGCAGCACUGGCAGCAGCAACAACAGAAGCAGCAGCAGAAGCAGCAGCAAGGACACGUGUUUUCAAACCCUGCAGAUCCGAUGCAGCGAUACCCCACUCCGAUGUCUGCCUACAUGCCCGGCGUUGAUCUCCCGUAUCAAGGCCGGGUGGGUCCGGCGAUCCCGUCCACGAGCACGUGGUCCCCGCACCACAUCGGCGGCGGAUACAUGAAGCGUGAAGCGUCAUCCCCCAACAUGGGCCUGCGCUCUAAUCCAACGUCCUGGUCCACGGAGGGAUCUGGCGGACUCCAAGCGCAGUUUGGCCAGGUGCAGCCGCCGCACGGCGCGUACCUGCCCCCUCAUCCGAUGCCCGCUUUCAUGCAGCCCCAACCCGCGUUCGGGACCUACGACUACUCGUCCUACCCGAGCAUGAUGCCCGUCGCGGGUGGAGUGCUUGUUCGGCAGGAUCGGAACUCUCAAGGGAGCGCAGAGGGAAGCGGCGGCGGGUCCCCCCCGAACGGUGGGAGCGGAGGCGGAAACAUUGGCGGCGGAGGCAGCGUCGUCGCCAUGUCCAGCAUGGUUCCCGGCGGCGGCUUUCCGUUUGAUGGCAACCCCGGCGCCGGCACCCCGGGUAAGGAGGAUGGCGAAGACGCGCCGGAGACCCCGGGCUCGAUGGCCCCGGGUACCGCCCUUCGCAAGGAGAUGCUCAUUCGCUAUCACGAGAAGCGUAAGCAGCGUCACUUCAAGAAGAAGAUCCGAUACGAGUCGAGGAAGGUUCGCGCAGACAACAGGGUGAGAAUCAAGGGGAGAUUCGCGAGGGCUGAUGCGCCCCUCACCGCCAUCGACAAGAGCAGCGCAAAGAACCACAAGGACAUCAAGUCAAAGCUCGCUACAGACGAUGACGCAGAGCAUGACGCAGAAGAGAAGAAGGAAGAGAAGGAACAAGUCAACCUGAAGCACGAGUUGAGCUCGGAGGUUGCCGCGCCGCCGCCGCUGGUCACACCUGAUGUGCUGCCGGGUGUGACUGCACCCUUACCGUGUGAGUAUGAUAUAUUCAUUUCGGGCCAGCCCCUAUGCGCUGGGGGCGGGCCCUUAUUGUUUCCUCGGGCGCCACAAAUUUUAUUACGUGGCUUGCAAGAGGCGAUUAUUUCUCGGCUGGAUUCAUCGCUGGAUCCGCCGAACGAUAUUAGUAUGUAGGCAUAAGAUAGGGACGCUGUUGUAUUAUCAGGUGUGCUAUGAAG